UGAACUGAGGCGAACUCCGCCGCCAAGUGAGUGAGGAGGAGGAGGAGGAGAAGGAGGAGGAGGAAGAGGAGGAGCGCAGUCAGAGCGCGGCGGCAGCGGCAGCGGCAGAGGCGCCGCGGCGGGGACCAGCCCAGAGAGACCCCCGAGCCCGCGGCACAGGCGGCGGCGGCGCUGAGCGGGCUCGACCAGCCGAGCAAGCGGCGGCCCCGGCUCCUCCUCGUCCGGCGCCAGCAGCCCGCGCCCCGCGCCCGCACUCGGCCAGCCGAGACCCGCCUCCCGCCCGCCCGCCGGCCUCGUGAGGGACGCGCCGAGCCGGGCGGCCGAGAGCGGCGGCGGCUGGGAGCGCGUCGGGCCCGGGCGGAAAGUGCCUGCGGGGGGCGGGCGAGCGCGCGGUGCCGGCCGCCCCGGGGCUCGGCGCGGGAGCCAGAGCGGGAGCCGGCGCGGAGCGGGACGCCGGGUCCCGAGCGGCCCGCGGCCGGGGCUCGCCCCCGCCCCUCCCUCCUCUCCGGCGGCGGCGGCGGCGGCGGCGGGCGGAGUGAGCUGCGGAGCCUGGAAUAUGGUCGGGGAAAUGGAAACGAAGGAGAAGCCGAAGCCCACCCCAGAUUACCUGAUGCAGCUGAUGAACGACAAGAAGCUCAUGAGCAGCCUGCCCAACUUCUGCGGGAUCUUCAACCACCUCGAGCGGCUGCUGGACGAAGAAAUUAGCAGAGUACGGAAAGACAUGUACAAUGACACAUUAAAUGGCAGUACAGAGAAAAGGAGUGCAGAAUUGCCCGAUGCUGUGGGACCUAUUGUUCAGUUACAAGAGAAACUUUAUGUGCCUGUAAAAGAAUACCCAGAUUUUAAUUUUGUUGGGAGAAUCCUUGGACCUAGAGGACUUACAGCCAAACAACUUGAAGCAGAAACCGGAUGUAAAAUCAUGGUCCGAGGCAAAGGCUCAAUGAGGGAUAAAAAAAAGGAGGAGCAAAAUAGAGGCAAGCCCAAUUGGGAGCAUCUAAAUGAAGAUUUACAUGUACUAAUCACUGUGGAAGAUGCUCAGAACAGAGCAGAAAUCAAAUUGAAGAGAGCAGUUGAAGAAGUGAAGAAAUUAUUGGUACCUGCAGCAGAAGGAGAAGACAGCCUGAAGAAGAUGCAGCUGAUGGAGCUUGCGAUUCUGAAUGGCACCUACAGAGAUGCCAACAUUAAAUCACCAGCCCUUGCCUUUUCUCUUGCAGCAACAGCCCAGGCUGCUCCAAGGAUCAUUACUGGGCCUGCGCCGGUUCUCCCACCAGCUGCCCUGCGUACUCCUACGCCAGCUGGCCCUACCAUAAUGCCUUUGAUCAGACAAAUACAGACCGCUGUCAUGCCAAACGGAACUCCUCACCCAACUGCUGCAAUAGUUCCUCCAGGGCCCGAAGCUGGUUUAAUCUAUACACCCUAUGAGUACCCCUACACAUUGGCACCAGCUACGUCAAUCCUUGAGUAUCCUAUUGAACCUAGUGGUGUAUUAGAGUGGAUUGAAAUGCCAGUCAUGCCUGAUAUUUCAGCCCAUUGACUUGCUGGAUGAAGGACUAGAAUACAGCAGCUGUUAUAACACGACCAGUCAAUGUGGAACAAACUGUUUCUGUGCAACCCCUUUGUUUUACCAGACAAAAUUUGAAUACUUUUUUCCUGAAUUGUAUAUGACCUUGGUGCUGCAUGCAUGCUGUUGACUUUUAGGACUUUGAUCUUUUAAGGAUUUUUUUUUCCAGCAUUAAUAUUGAUUUAUAAAGAUUUGAAAAUCUUUAAUGAACUGGAGAACACUAAGAUUUAAACUCGAAAAUUCAUUGUUCAAGUAAAGAAAGCCAUUAUGCUCUGUAUGUUAUCUGUGUGUGUGCAUGCACUCAGGUGCCCUUUGUUUCAUGAACAAAUACAUUUCAUUGUACAUGUUUUCUGUUUAAAUCAUUGUAUAAAGUAAUUGCAGGUCAGAAUUAUACCACAGAACUGUUUAUGAGAGGCUUGUCUCUGUUGCACAUUUCUUGAAGCAUUUUUAAAAUAACAUGUAACCUGUAACCUUGUUGUUUAAGUUUUCUUUUCUAUUAAUACUCUGUCCUGUGGUCCCGUGCAUGCUCCUUUUCCCAGAACUCCUCUCUGCUGCACCCACAGCAUCUGUUCCCGAGGAGUUAUGACUCUUGACUUCCUGCAGGGCUGGGGCUCUUAGCCACCAGCUGCUGUUCCAGCACUUUCAGUGCAAGAUCUCCCUGAUUUUGCCACAUGGAAUUGUACUCGUAUAUGAUUACCUUAUCUCAAAUGAAUAAGGGGUGAUGGACCAGUUUACUGCUUAGAAAUAGCAAGAGGCACUGCAGUAAAACUUGUUUCUCAUUGUAAAGCUUCAUGUCUUUUGUUUGUUGGAAAAUUUUUACUUAUAAAAACUUAAUUAUUAGACUGGUAAAGACCAAAAUAUGCAGAUUUCUAAUUGGCAUUCAUAAGGUUGAAUAAUAAAAAGUGCCAAAUGAAAAAAUCUAUUAUGGUUAAUUUCAUUUCUUGCUUUGCCACCUAAGCAGUAAAACAUGAUAUUGACCACUUGGAGAACUCAGAAAAUUCUUUUAAAUUUCUAAGUUAUAAUAAAUUUGCACACAGAUAACAUGCAUGCUAUUUAUGUCACAUCUCACAUUAAAUUAUUUUAAAAUAAGCAGUGCCCUUCAAAACAGAUGCAGACAUGUGUGUUGGUAGUAGUGAGGAGAUUGGUAUUAGCAUCAAGUCUUCAUUGAUGACUAAUUUUUAAUUCCCUUCCUUUUAUCUUUAGGUAUGGCUUUCCCAACGAAAGGCUAAGAAUUCAAGAACGGUCUUAACUGAACCCUCAUCAGAUCUGAAUUUAACAAAUGCUUAGUCUCAGCAGCCUCCGGGGGAAAAAAGCUUAGCCUAGCAGUCAGUGACUUACUUGCACUUUUUGCACAUAGAUAUAAAGUAAAAUUAUGUUAUUAAUUUGGUUUAGUCUGUAAUAUUACACAGUAAUGGUAAUUUAUAAAGGAGUGUAUAGUAGUAUACUGACUGCUAAGUGUACUAUACUGUUUGCUUUACUAAUCACCUAAUUCAUUGCAGUUCAUACUUAUUGACUCAGAGUUUAAAACCACAAUCUGUAGGCUUUAAGAAUUGCUUUUAAACCUUUUUAAGUGAUAAACUCUUGAAGUGGUCUUAAGGUUAGCAAAUAAUUGUCAGUAUUAAACAUGGCAUUAUUUAAGUAGUCCUGCUGCAAGAAAGGCACUUCAGUGAAUAUGUGACUAGUAAAGCUUAAAUAUGUUUGGAUCUAAUAGAGCUCAUGAAAUACUGUAACUUGGGGAUUGUAAAUGAAUGGAUAAAAUAGGUUAAGGCCCAAGAUGUUUGAAAUGAAUGCAAUAUUAAUAGAUGCAUAUAUACGUGACAUAUUGUGGUUAAUUUUAAAACUACUGUGCCUUAACGUGUUUCUUAAACUUUUGUAGUAAAUGAACAUUUGAAAUCCAUUUUGAUAAACCUGCUGUUAAUGUUUUUUCCCCCCUUGUGAAUGUUUUCUAACUUUGUCUUGGUAAUUGCAAUUUAACUAGGUGCGGUGGCUACUAAAGUUCGAAGGCACGAUAUGCGUGUCCAUCCUUACCAAAGGAUUGUGACCGCAGACCGAGGUUAGUUUAGUUCUGCAGUUCUUGUCUAUAAGAAAUGCGUUGGGUGUCCGUAAAAUUUGCAACACCACACCUGAUGGAAAAAUGUAAUUGCUUACCUGCACACAGUUUUUUUUCCUUUUCUAAAUUUGUUUGUGAUCAUUGACAGAUUUAAGGGUUGGGUUUUUUGUUUUGGUUUGGUUUUUUUCUCCCUUCAUAUUUUAACUUAUUAAAUCUUCUAUUAUUAUGUACUAUGAUUUAUUCCUACUAAAAUACAAAUUAGUCAAUUUGGGGAGCUAUUAAAUUUUGAUGUUGCCUCAGUUAUUUUCAUUAAUAACUUUUGCUAAAAUUUACCUUUUAAAAGUUCUGAAAUUUGGGGUUGGUAUUGCAAAAUGAAUUGAACGGAUGGUGCUUUAAUGAGAGAAGUAAAGGAAUAUAUGCCUCCUGUGUACUUUUGGAGAAAACUGAAGAUUUAGUUUCCAUUUUUCUUUAUAAUAAAAUAUUUGAGCCACUGUAUAAACGUGAGGGUGCACAUGUCAAGUACUUAGCUAAAAUCAACAAAGUGAGGACUGUGAAGAUAAUUUUCAUGUAGUUGGAUUUUUUUUUAUAUAAAUUAGAGCGUCAGUUCCCUUUUAUUCUUACAUUCUCUUGCCAAAAUGGAUCCUUUGAUUUUUGUCAUUUGCUGCUAAAAUAUAUUAUCUGAAGGUAAACUGUCUCUUGAAGUUCUGUGGUGAUAUGAGAUCCAGCUGUGUGAAUAAUAAUUUUUGACUAACCUGUGACUGGAAAAUAAGUCUUCAUUUUUCUCCUUUACAACUUUUAUAAUUUGUGUCCUGUAUAUGCCCUUGGACCCUUUUAUAAAUUAUUUUUGCUUAUUGAGGAAUGAUAUUUUCGGUUUAUUGACAUUGAAUUGUUUUCUAAGUUUUUCCAUCACAAGAUAGGAAUCUCAAGCAUGGUAGUAAAAAAGGAUUUUUUACAAGUUUCUAUUAUGGCACAUUUGUUUCCUACAAAUUAAAUUGAUCAAAGUCUCAAAUAUUAGUGGAGGAAAAAGUGCUGGAUUUGUACUUCAAUUGUACAUCUUCUAUGAAUUUAUGAAGGACCUACCUGCUUCAUGUGAUUACCUUGAGUACUGAUGAUAAAUACUAGACACAGCUGUUGUCCACAUCAGAAAUAACAUGCCUUUCCCAAAGACAUUGUUAAUAUUUGUUUAGCAUAAUCCAUAAAGUAUGUCGAAGACUUUUAAACUAAUGUAUACAUCACUAACAGUGAUUAUUCAGUGAACAAAAUAGACCCCAGCUCCGUGGUCGUCUAUGAAGAUGAUACUCCUUGUAAGUGUUCUGUAUGAGCACGUCUCAUAGGGAUGGGGAAAUAGUUUUUUGGAAAGUCACUUGAGUUUUAAAGAAACUGGACAAUUCCAUGAAUAAUUUGAGGUUUUAUUCAUAUUGCUAAUGUCUACAAUUGUUCUAAAGAGUAUUUUAAAGUAGUUUUUUCCCCCAGCUAAUCUUUCCCUAUAUGCCCCCUUUUAGGAGAUUUCUCACCAUUUUGCUUUAACACAAUAAUUAUUGGCCUACUUAAUACUCCAGUGCCUUGAGAUAGUUGGACAUAUUUGAGGAAGAUUUUACUGUAUUUGGAAAAUUACGACACAUUCCAUGCAUGGAUCUUUUGUAGUUACGUGUUUUGAUUAGUCCUGUCACUGUUUUUAUUUAAAAUGCAGUGUCAGCAAACCGAAAUGCUCAUUUCUUUUUUAGUAACAGAAUACUCGUAUACUUAUCACUGUAUGCACUCAUUGGGUCUAAGGGAGAUGUCUGAAGUCCUUCGCUUAAAUUAUUUUAUGAUACUACUGUUUUCUCUAUUUUUGAGGUUAAAAUUAUUUUAAAAAAUAUUUUGAAGAGAAGUUUAUUAGUAUAAGCAUUCAUUUAAUGCAAAGAAACUCAGCCCUCGGACAUAUAACCAUGUAAUUCUAUAUGAACGUUUAGAGUACUACAUGGUUGACCAAUAUCUAGUUCUUUACUAAAAGUAAACUCACCUCUUUAUAUAUAUUUCAAAACUGAAUUUGAAGCCUAUUAGAGACCAACUGACCUUUUAGUUGUAAUGAACCGUGUGGUCUUGCAUGGUGACACACCUGUGUAGGAGGCCGAGACUUGGCAGAGGAUGUAGUCUAGGUGUCCUGGUAUAUGUAAAUGGUCACUCACUUCGUUUAUAUAUUCCACACUCAGAAAAGAAGUCAGAAAUUUUUCUGAGUAAUACAAAAACCAUCACUUACAUAAUUUGUAUAAGAAACUUUAAACAGUUUUAAUCAAAACUAUGAGUAACAUCAAAAAUGCUUUAAGAUUUUAUAUUUUGGAAUACCUGUGAAGUAGUAUGACUACAUCAUGUUAAAUAUUUAUUUUCUUCUAUGAUUUUGGAGCAGCAAUUUUUAUUUUAAAUAAAAUUCCACUUUUAAGAAAUUCAGGGAAGAUUUGGUCACAUUGAAGAUACAGUAUUUUUAUAGUAUUUAUAAACUCUUCUAAAUGAUAGACUAUAGAAAGCAUUUUUGUCAUAUGAAGGUAAAUCAGUCCAUUAUUUUAGAUCAUUUAAACUCUGAACAUUACACCUUCUGGGCUUUGAUUUACGAAGUGGCACAGAAUCUAACUUUGCACUGAAUAUCUUUUCAUUCACAUCUCCUCUGCCUUAGUCACAAUGGCAACAGUACAGAAAAUUCUAUCAAACCUCAGAAUAUAGUAGAAAUAAUUAAGCUGUUGAAUGAGUCUUAAAAAUUAUACUACUGUUAAGUGGACCAAGUUUGGUGAAGCAGAUGUGACAAAGGUUGAUUAAGGAAGGAGCAACUCAAGGACAUUGGGAAUGAUGACUUUUCCACUUGAGAACUACUUUAUGUUUUACUGUAAUUUUUAAAAUUUUUUUGUCCUUUUUGUUAUUUUGCAAAAGAAAAUAGUAUUUACAGGUGGCUUCUUUUAAAAUAUAAAAAUAUAAAGCAGGAAUGUAUAUGAAAUGUCAGAUUUUAUUGUAUUUGCAGAGUAUUAGCUUUGAAAUUGAAUAAAGAAAGCUGUUUGUAGUUUUAAAAUGCCUUAUUGGUAUCAAUUAGAAAUUUCUUCUAUUUUUUGAUGUACUUAGAGCUUUUUGAGUGUAGAAUUUUAAAUGGCAGGAUUUUACAGUGUUUACAUGCAAGUGCAUUUUAUAAGUGUUCUAUAUGUGUAAAAUAGUAUUUUCAACUGGAAAGUGUUGGCUAGUGCAAAAGGCCUGGCCAUUUUCUGGUUCCCAUGAUGUUGCCUACACUGCUAGACUACAGUUUAGUAUCGCUUUGUAUCAUGAGGCCAAGAAGUUCCAUGUUGUUUGUAAAUAGAAUAAUUGAAAAAGCAAUAAACAUUUAUUGAACAAAAGAAACCUUGUUUGGCCCAGAGUUUAUGUUGAACCAAAUGGUUCAUAGAAUUUUGAAUUUCUUUAGAUUCAUUUCUGUUAAUCAUCAGUUAUUAAUAAUCACAUCCAUCAUUAAUAGUUGCUUUAAUGCUUGCAUCUCAGAGAAUACUAAUGCUUAAUAGCAGUCAGAUACUGAUAACUGCACUGACUGUUUAAAAAUUCUGUAUACCAAACCUAUUCAUUGUUUUUCAGUUUCCUUCAUUGACUGCUACUAACUAUUAGUUGUUAGUUGUAUUUUAUUUCUAUUUUUUCUUGUUAACCAGUUUUUUUUUGUUUUUUUUUGUUUUUUUGUGGGAGUGGGCUCUUCUUCAUUUGUUCAAAUCAUGAUACGAAAUUGUCAUGAUUUUAAUUGUAUUCUGUAGAUGGUGUCAAUCAGUUUGUCAGAAUUAAACAUGCUUUUUUUUUUUUAUUAGUUGUGAUUAGUUUUUCAUGUUGUCAUUAAGCCGUCACUAGCUGAAACUAAUCUCUUCUCUAUCUUUUCUUUUCUUUUUUUUGUUUUGUUUUUUUUUUGUUUCUAACCACCCAGCCGCCACCGGCAACUAACCUAUGACCUUCUGACCUCUGAACUCUUCACCCAAUGAUGACCUGACCAUGCCUGCCUGCUGAUCAGUUAACUGGUAAUCGCCUUUGCUUGCCUGUCGUCAGUGCAGCGAGCUGAGGCACUUGUCCGUUCGUCUUACCAUCUAACCAAACAAAAGACAAAGAAAUUGUUGUCCUCCAACUCAGCUUUUUUUUUUUUUUUUCCUGUUUGGGUGAAAGUGGUUCUAGAACCUGCACUGAAUAGUAGUAAAGCAAUAAGGCCCAAUUCAUCCCACAGCACUGAUCAUCUUUUAAUAUCCCACCCUAAGCGAACGGUAAGAAGGCCUCUCUUAAGAAGGGGAGACAGAUGGCCCUUAACUACUCAAUGACAGAGGCAGUUACUGUGAGAGACUUCUAGGAAUCUUUCUCUUCUCAUAGCGAAGUCAAAGCUCUCUCUGAAUGUACUGUGUGAUGAUGCAUCAUGCAUGAACCUUCGGUCAGGGAUAUCAUUGGUGAAGUGAUUUCAAAAAGUAUUCAAAAUUUGAUAUGCUGUUUAGUCACUACAGUGCCCUCAAAGGGCAGAAGUUGCAGCCUUUUUUAUAUUGCCUGCCAAAAUUUGAAGUAUUAGGAGAAAGUGUGCCAUGAGAGAAAAACUUGAGUUUUGAAAAGUAAUGCAAAUAACAAAACUGCAACACUAUUUUUAAAAAGAUAAAUAUCUGAGUUAAAAUUACUGAAUCUUUAUUUUACACCUAAAAAAAUAUGAGAACAAGGUACAUGCAUUAUGUGUCACAUUACUGGGCAAACUGUUCAAGUAUUUUUUUUUAAACCUCCCUGUGUAGAAAAAAAUCAUUAAGGAUGUAAAAGCCAUGCUUGCCUAUUGCUGUAUACAUGUAAUGAAAUUGUAGAUAAAGUGUAGUGCAUUGAAACAAAUGAACAAAAAGUAGAUACUUUUACUAUACAAGGGUGCUGGUGCAGAAAAAAAAUAUAUAUAUUUUUGGAAAUGUAGCAUUUUAUACUUUCAAGUGUUAUAAAAAAAAAAAAGAAAAAGAACAAAGAAACCCUUUAUUUCAUUAAAUGAUUUUUUCUGGUGGUUGUCAAGAAACAAAAGACCAAAAGAGCCUUUUUGUCUUUCUUUUUUAUUUUUUAAGUAUUGGAAUAAGUCUAAAGAAAAGAAAGUGCCUUAUUUUCCUUCAUGGUCAUUUAGUCAAGUGUCUCAUAAAGAUCAGCUCCUCCCUCAGAAUACAAGUUAAUGCAUGUUACUCAGUCGCCCAGUAUGUGAAAGAAGAUAUGAGGGAGACAAAUGAGUUGAUGGUUUGAAUUAUAUGAUUUUUGCCACGUUACCUUGAUGCAAAUUUGCCAAAUCUGAUACUGUGAAAAGAUUUGAUAACUUUUCUAAUGCCUGACUAGUAAGUUUUAAAACAUCUUUCUUUAAAAAAAAUAAUUUAAUACUUUUCAUUAUUCCAGUCUUCAAUGUUAACCCAAAGGAUUCUGAGAUAAAAAUUAUGUGUCAUCUGAACUUCAUUUUGCAGACAAAAUUAGAGCUUUGUUUUAUUUGGAGAAGGGGGAUGCAUUCAUUUGGUUUUGUUUUUUGUUUUUAAUUAAUUGGAGAUAAUAGGAUACCUAGCAAAUGUUUUCACAAAAGUAAAUCUUUGUGAUUUUCAUUCUAGAAAACAAUGUUUUAAAUCAUCCAAAUUUAAUCAUAUGUCUUUAUAUCAUACCAGAUAACUGGUGUAGUGUAUCCUUUUACUGUUUCAGUAACCUCUGCCUCCCCCACCCCUUAACUUUAAAAGAAUGUGAAAAACUAGCAUCACAGUGCAUAUAAAUACUCAACCACAUUUCAGCUUAAGCUUCUAAUUUCUCAAGAAGUUGAAACAGUUAGUUAUGUAGUUGAAGCAAUUUGUGUGCAAAGCCUACAUCUAAACACUUGAGUGAAUAAUCGUUAACUGUUCAGUACCAGACGUGGCAAAUCUCAAGUGACAGUGGACUCCCACCCCAGCUUAUCAACUCGUCCCCUCUUCCACACCUUCCCAGCAUCACAGUCAGAGGUCAGCAGGAAGCUGAGUCAUUACCUUCUUGGUGACCUCCCCCACCAUCUUGUCUCACUUGGAAACCGUUGUCAGUUUAUUUACUAUGCAAUAGACAUUCAUUGUUUUGUAUCCAGCUAGCUUUGGUUUAAUAUACCACUGCUUUGUCUUUCUGUUACACAUACAGUUUUGAUUUAUUUACAAUAUAUGCUGUGCCAUUUUGAUUUUUAUAUUGUUUGGUUGGUUGAAUAAAUUUGCGACACUCAAACACUUGAGGUGAUAGUUGUUAAAAACAAUACCAGUAUUUGAUCCAGUUUCAUCUCAACUGUGUUAUACCUGGAUAUUUUAGAUGUUUAUCAAAGGUCUUUUAUGGGGAAGAAAGUAAAUGUAUGAAAUAAUAAAUGUGUGACAUUUGUAGGUAAUGUUGGCUCUGAACAAACUUUUGAAAACUUGGUUGACAAAAUUUUGGAUCAACUGAAAAAAAGCAUGACUUUUGAAAUCUCUGAAUGCCUUGGUUCUCAGUAUUAUCAUUCUUUAUUGAAUUUAUUUCUUAUUAAAAUGUAGUUUUUAAGACUUUUUUCUGACAGUAUUAUGUAAUUUUUUUAGCGUGGGUAGAUGGGAGUGUCGCUUGUAUGUUAUCGUACAGCUGACAUGUAUUUUUGUCUAUUCUUUAUUAUCUUAGUUUCAUGCUAUGUAUGUACCAUAACCAACCUAUUGCCUAUGAGAAACAUGUAAGAUAAUGUAUUUACAGCCAUUGUUACAAGUUUAUAAUGUAUUUUUCUAUCUUGUUUUAUAUGUAUGUUAUAUAACAUUCAAAAAGAAUUUUUUUCUUGAUUGAGAAAAGGAUACAAAAUGCAAAAUCCACAAUUUUGAUAACUGAAAAUUGCCAAUUGUUUUGCAGUACUUUAUUAUAUUGGGUGUCUUGUCUUUUUUGGGCUUUUAGUUAGCUAAUGAAUGAAUACAUUAGACACUUUUGGGUUUUAGUUGGGAUUUUACAUAGCUUGCAUUUUAAUUCUUUGGUUCUUUGCUGUUUCUAUUAACCCAUAGCAUUAUUUUAAUAAAUGUUAUAAUACCAACCUACUAACUCUGGACUUUGUCUGUUUAUUAACCUUUAUAUGUUUAAUUAAAAUAAACAAAUAAAGACAAAAGAAUGUAAAGUCUUGAGUUACUGGACUAACCCUGAAGAACGUGACCACAGAUAACAUAGUGUGACUUGUUUUUAUGUUGUUUGUCAGCUGACAGUUUCGCACACUACUGUUAAAAUGGCUUUGGUUAUUCAGGUCUUUUAGCUUGGGGGCGGGGGCGGGUGUAGGUGCAGUAGAGAUGGGAACAAAGUAGCCUUUGUUUGAGGCAUUCUUCUCUUGCCACUUGCCUUUCAGCAUCUGCAUUACUAAUUCCACACCUUAUUUUUCCUUCUCCAAAAUAAUCACUGUCUGCUCACAGCAUCGAGUAAAAAGAUAAAUUGUAAUGGUAUAUACCUGGAGAAACCAGUUUGAUUCUUUGUUGAACCAUUUCUUUUAAUUUCUGUAAAUAAGUAAUUUUAUGGUCACAUUGUAAAGCAGAGAAACUGUUGAUAUUUUACCUUUAUUUAGAUUUUUGUUUUAACUUGACCUUUUUCCUUUGGAAAGCGUUGAACUUGUUUAGCUAACUGCUCCUAUUAGGGGAGCUUAACUUGGGUAAAGCCAAAGGCCCACUGGCUGUUUCUCAUGGUGGCCUGAAGCCCCGCUGCUUUCCAGUGAGGAAAAGAACCCUCAGCACGUUACUGAGUUUUCCUCAGGUAUUUUUUUCUCUGUCACCUACUUUACAAAUACAGUCAGACUAAAACAUUAAACAAGAAGUUUAAGGGGGAAGAACAUUGGGAUUUGAAAAGUUGUAUAUGAUUAAUUUCUUGCAUGCAAAUCAUCUUAAGAUUUCUUAAAUAUCUUUAUGCUUUUCUUGGCUGGAACUUGGGUAAAUUAACCUGUAAUUAUGAAUUCUUUAGUUUAACUAAAGGUGCAUUUUUAUUUCACAGAUUGAUAGUUGCUUUUUUCUGUGAAACAGUUCUCCUAGAUAACAAAAUCCUCAGGAUGAAUUUUUGCAUUUGUAAAUAACAAUUUAUCUUUGUAAAUUACAUUUAAUUUAUUUAGAGUUCUAAAAUUGAGGGCUGAAAUGAAUGACAUGUAAUAGAAGGCAAAACUGUACCAAUACGCUGUUAACCAAUCAGACUGUCAAGGUAUUCUCAUUUCAUAAGUAUAUAUACACACAUAUACAUAUAAAUAAUACACAGAGUAGUGUUAGCUGAUGUGAGUGAUAACAGCGAAUCACCAUUGAGAUGGUCAUUUGGAUCAUGUAAACAAACCCUGUCAUGUCUCUGAUGGGAGCGGUGGGUGGUGUACUGUUGUUAGGUAGACAGAUCUUUGAACAUGCUACUAUUUGUAAAAGUGUCCGUUGCCAUAACAGUUCAUGUAGUAGUCUGUGAAAAUUUGAAGCUGUCUGUCAAGCUGCUAAUAUACAAGUUGUCAUGGUACCAUGUCACUUAAAUUGAUGAAUUUCUGUGCAAUUUACUAUUCUCUGAAGCCUAUGAAUGCAGCAUCAUCUCAUUUUCAGUGAAGGGUACUUUAUGUAUAAUUAUGUCAUUGCUACCUUUUAUGUAGGAAAUGUAAAAAAGUUUUAAAAGGCGAAAAUAACAUUACAGAUUUCGUUUUUCUACAGGUUACAAUAUUAUUAAACAUGAAACUACCAAAUUCCUAGAAUAGUAAAAUUCUAGAGUCAGUUGAUUGAUUGAAACUAUUUGACAAAACAAUUGAAAGUUGAGCUUUCAGUCAAGAAGUUGGUGAAAUUAAUGUCCUUAAACUUUUCCUUUAGGCAAAACGUCAGGGAAAACUUAACGUGAAAGUAGUUACCCCCAUACGCCCCAGUGCAGUAGCUCCAGGUGUAAGAGGUCAUUAAGGCACCCUGCCCAUAAAACCAGAAUGUGUAUACGCACACACAAUUGGUGUCUGGUUAUGGUUUUCUAAACACUACAUAAGGAUCUGAAUUUUUUAGUGUGCCAAAAGCAAAUGAUAGGUUUAAAUGAAAUUGCUCACUACCAAAUCAAGACUCUUCAUAAAUAUAUAUAUAUAUGUGUGUGUGUAUAUAUAUAUAUAUGUCAUAACACUUUCACAUGUGACAGCCUAAGGUUUCUUUAGUUUUAGGGUGGGGUAGGGUGGGAGUGGUUUUGCAUGUUUGACCAGGAUGUGAUGCCUGUCUUUAUUCCUUGAUAAGAAGUAGCUGUUACAGCAUUUCAAACAGAUUAUUUUUGGUAGAAUAGAACUUAUUGCCAAAUGAUAAUUUAUUUAGCAAAAAGUAUUCUCCAACUUUUCGAAUUCACAAAUUUUCGAAGUGUAUAGAGUAGUUUUUUACAUUGUCACGAAUUCCUUAAUACCUUUAUUUAAAAUGGAAAAAAUAUGGACAAUAUUUUGGAAAUAUGUGCUACACAUCUAGUUUUAUCUGUAGUUUAAGUGAUGUAAACUGAGAUGCCUUUGAUAUGAAGAGAUUUACCAACAUAUGCACUCGUGCCUUCAAUACGGAAUCAAACUGGUUAACCUUGGCACAGUCCUCUCCUUGUGUUUCUGCUGCACUAAUUGCCGGGGGGUGGGAGAGAAGGCGGAUGAAUUAAUUCAUAGUAGAAGGAGGCGAUAGGUGCAGCAAAGAGCAGCCACAGUAUUGAUUCCACAUUAUAAUUUUGUUUCCCCUUCUUGGCAAAAGACACCACAUUGUGGGAAGAUCUCAGCUUCCAGGGUAAAAGUUAAUUUAUAACUUAAAAGUGCUAUUAAGUUUUUAUUACCAAAUAUAUCUCUUAUGGUUUAUAUUGUAGUGGUAUGUAUGAAACAUUUAAAAUUUUACUGUGGAAAUUGUGUAUAUAUAUAUCUAUAGAAGUCAAAAUAGGUGUUCACAGAUCACGUGUGAACGGAGAACUGCGUAUGACUGUACAUGAAAUGCAAUAAAGCAACUGGAAAAAGUGCAUGUGCUUCAUCCUCUCAAGCCAACUGCAGCUGGAAAGUGCUGCUUAUCCUCCACCCCCAGAAAAUGCAUGUAUCAAUAUCAGAAUAAAGAACGCACGCUUUCAAUUUUAUUGAGGCUUUCAACACUAUUUAAAAGAAAAUGUAAGAAUUUGACAUUCUGGAGUUAUUAUAACAUUAGAAAAUGAGCAUAACAUUCACUCUGAUUUUAGUCAUUAAGGGAUAUUAGUAAACAGACUGCUACAAUGUUCCACAGUUGGACCGUGCAUCCAAAAUAGUUAUUUUUUAUCUUUAAUAAAUGGUACAGGUUUCAUGUAGUUUUCAAAUGGAAGAAGGAAGAAAGGAAGGCUGACCAAAACUUGAUUUCAUCAGCUUCGUGAAAAGGACUAGUGUCAUUAACCUGUUGAACAGAAUUGGUUUAUCAAAAAAACAUUUCCAGUAGUGUGAAACCUUUACGAUUCUUUAACAUCUAAAUGUUAUGAGUCCUUGUACCUUAAGUUUUCCAGUCUUUCUUAUUUAUAUCAUCUCCAAGUACCUCUGGCUCCUUUCCUCUUGCUCACUGGAACCUUAGUUUUCCUCAACAGAAUGCUUUCUUAAAGUAGCCCACAGGCGCAGGCACCCUCGAACAGACUAGCAGCCCAAAGGUGUGUUCGGUUUGGCUUAUACAGUGUUUUGCUUUUUAAACUACUUGCCGUAAUUUAAAAGGGGCAACACGAGACUUUAAAAAAAAAAAAA